AAAUACGUCAUCAGAAGGCGGAAGUGCGCAGGUCAUUGCUUUUUGGUUUCUUUUGAGAGAAACUCUCCUGAAGAUGAACCUUCUCUAGGCUACUUAAACUAUGAGACAUUGCAUAAAUAUAAACAAAGCAACGAUUAUUCAUACUUUAGUCUUGUUCUUACAUCUCCAGCAGUCGCGUUGUGCAACAUGAAGUCGACAGGUCCAUGUCCCGAAUGGCUCAACACUACAGUUGGUCAGCAACUCUGGAAAGAGGCCAGUUUUUUAUUUCACCGCAACAUGGCAAAUAUGGAUUUAGCACUUCAAACAGCCAAAUCGCAGUUCAACCUCACAGGUUCACAUGCGGACAUUAACGUUUACCAAGCCUACAGUCGCUGUGACCUCUAUCCAAAUGGCACCACCAAGUCAUCGUUAAUCCAUGCUUUCAAUGGGAAGGACUUCUUAAGUUUAGAUACGGACAGUAAGACGUUCAUCGCUUCUGUUCCUCAAGCCCUCAUAUAUAAAAGUAUUAGGGAGAACGAUAUAAUCUGGCUUGAAAACGUGGUGUCUUUCUACAAAAAUACCUGUUUUGACCACCUUAGGAUGUUCUUAGAGUAUGCUCCUGGUGUCAGAAAUAAUAAAGCUCCACAGGUCAGACUUUUUAAGAGGCAGGGCGCUGGUUCCACGCUCCUCACAUGUCAUGUGACUGGGUUUUACCCCAGAGCAGUGCAGGUGAAGUGGAUUGGGGCAGAUUUACAGCUGGUGGAUGACGAGAUGAAUGAUGUGCUGCCUAAUGGUGAUGGCACGUUUCAGACCAGAAGCAGUGUGAUCAGACCUGAGGAGAACACAGGAGAUCAGCGCUACAGCUGUGUAGUGCAUCACAGCAGCCUAGAGGGAAAUAUUACAGUCACCUGGGAUAAAGAAGAGAAACCCUUCAGACUUUAUGUUCGGAUUCCUCUAGGCUGCAUUUUCAUCGUCACUAUAAUUGGGCUUGUAAUCAGAUGCAUCUUAAAAAGUAAAGAUGCUGGGAUUUGAAGUUACCUCUCAUGUGAAGAUGUAUUCAGUUUCUCAGUUUCAGUCAUUCAGAACAUUCUUGUUUGACAUCAUUACAGUUUAAACGUUCUUCUUCUACCUCCGAUACCUCAGGCUCAGUCAGAGCACAGUGUUAUCAGACCUGCAUGUUCUCGCAGAAUCAGUUGGUUAAUCUAUUUUGGUCAUAUCGGUGGCUCAUGCUUAUACAGUUUUGAUUUGUCACCUUUUUGACCUCAGAGUACAUCACAGAACUGAGUACACAGCAUAGUACACUAAAGCAUGUAACUCACACUAACAUCAGGUCUGGAGUUUGUGUUGCAGAUGAUGCACAAUGUAAGUAGAACUACAAAAAUCAGUACUCCGUUUUAUUUCUUAUCAUCAGUCAUACCCAUUUCAAUAAAGAGCUUUUGAUUAUAAACAA